GAUUUCUGACAUGAUUUUCUUAAUCUUUUGUUUCCCUGUCAAAAAUGCCAAUCGAUAUCAUAAUAACAUAAAUAAACAUGUGUUUCUAUCGAGUCUUGUGUAUAUCCCGCGGUGUGAUGCUGAUAAGCCGGGAGGUCAGAAUAUGCAUAUUUCUUAUCUGAUAACGAGGCUCUACGUCAUAGAUACUCUUGAGUUCCCCACAGUUCUUUGUUUACUAUUAGCGAAAGCACAUGUACAUGAUGUAAAAUGGUCUAUUGCGCUGCAUUUGGAUGUAAUAAUAAGGCAGAAAAGGGCAAAGGGAUAAGUUUUUUCACUUUUCCUAAAGAUGUUAAUCUCAGAAAGCAGUGGGCUCAUUAUUGUCGGCGAAAGGACUUUACUCCCACUUCAGGACACAGAUUAUGCUCUGAUCACUUUUCGCCCAAGUGUUUCCAACAAGACCCCAAGCUUCUCGGUGAAAUGGGACUUCAGGAAACAUUUAGGAAACGUUUGAGAAUAAAUGCAGUCCCAGAUGUGCCACUUUUGACCGAAGAAGAGCUGUGUAGCGAACAGACAACAGCAAAGGUCCGUGGAGCGUAUGCAAAGCGACAGAAAGCAGAGAUUAUUAAGGAAGCACUGAAAAAGAGUAAAGACACAGAAAAACCAAAGGAUACUGCAAGUGCUGUUACAGCACUUGCAAUGCCUCCAAAAGUGUUGAAACAAAAAACAAAAAAGUACAGGCUGAACUUCGCCCUCCGCAACGCACAAGAUCUCAUCAAACUGACGAGCGUAUUUUAGCGACAAAGCACA